CGCUCACCACGCUUUCGCUCACCACGCUCUUGUCUCUCGACACAUUGCGCCACGUCUCCUCUCUCGACACAUUGCGCCGCUCCUUCCUCUCUCGACACACUGCGCCUGCAGAACCCCCGCGACCCCCGCGACCCCCGCGACUCCAGACUCCGCCGCCCCCAUCUGCUGCAAAUUGCGCCCAGCAGCACACACGACACGCCAGACGGGCAAGACUCGCAGCACGCCGGAGCUUGCGGUCGGGCAGCAGCCAUGGCGGUAACCAAGCGCGCCGGGCGCAAGAAGGACGCAGCGCGGCCAGGGCAGCCACAGUCCCAAUUUGCAACCAAGGCCGUCUUCGAGAGCACCAAGAAGAAGGAGGUGGGCGUGUCAGACCUGACGCUGAUCAGCAAGAUCUCCAACGAGGCCAUCAACGACAACCUGAAGAAGCGCUUUGAGAAUGGCGAAAUCUACACAUAUAUUGGACACGUGCUGGUGUCGGUCAACCCCUUCCGGGACUUGGGCAUCUACACCGAGCAGGUCCUGGCGAGCUACAAGGGCAAGAACAGGCUGGAGGUGCCGCCGCACGUCUUCGCCAUCGCCGAGUCCGCCUACUACAACAUGAACGCCUACAAGGAGAACCAGUGCGUCAUCAUCUCCGGCGAGUCCGGCGCAGGCAAGACAGAAGCUGCGAAGCGCCUCAUGCAGUACAUCGCCAACGUCUCGGGCGGAAAGAACUCGCAGAUCCAGGAGAUGAUGGACAUGGUCCUGGCCACAAAUCCGCUGCUCGAGUCGUUCGGAAACGCAAAGACGCUGAGGAACAACAAUUCGUCGCGAUUCGGAAAGUACCUCGAGAUCCACUUCAACGCCCAGGGCGAGCCCAUUGGCGCCAACAUCAACAACUACCUGCUCGAGAAAUCGCGUGUCGUCGGCCAGAUCACAAACGAGCGCAACUUCCACAUCUUCUACCAGUUCGCAAAAGCCGCGUCGCCGCAGUACAGGGAGAUCUUUGGCCUGCAACAGCCGCAAUCGUACCUCUACACAAGCCGCUCGAAAUGCUACGACGUGCCGAACAUCGACGAUCACGCCGAAUUCCAGGACACAGUGAAUGCCAUGAAGGUCAUUGGAUUACAACAGGCGGAGCAGGACAACAUUUUCCGGAUGCUGUCCGCGAUUCUGUGGCUCGGAAACGUGUCGUUUGUGGAAGACGACCAAGGCAACGCUGCCAUCGCAGAUCAGUCUGUAGUCGAUUUCGUCGCCUAUCUCCUGCAAGUCGAGUCGGCGCACGUCAACAAGGCUCUCACAAUCCGAAUCGUCGAGACAAGUCGCGGCGGGCGCAGAGGUUCCGUGUACGAUGUCCCUCUGAACAUUGCACAGGCUUCUUCGGUGCGAGACGCUCUUUCCAAGGCCAUCUACUUCAACUUGUUCGACUGGAUUGUAGAGCGCGUAAAUGUUUCGCUGAAGGCGCGAGGCUCCUCCGCCUACUCCAUCGGUAUCCUGGAUAUCUAUGGAUUUGAGAUCUUCGAGAAGAACAGCUUCGAGCAGCUUUGCAUCAAUUACGUCAAUGAAAAGCUCCAGCAGAUUUUCAUCCAGCUGACGUUGAAGGCGGAACAAGAAGAGUAUGAGCGAGAACAGAUCAAGUGGACACCGAUCAAGUACUUUGACAACAAGGUCGUGUGCGAGUUGAUCGAGGAGAAGCGACCACCGGGUGUCUUCGCGGCACUGAACGAUGCUUGCGCUACAGCCCACGCCGAUCCUGGAGCCGCCGAUCAGACCUUUGUCCAGCGAUUGAACGCGCUUUCGUCGAACCCCAACUUUUCGCCCCGUCAAGGACAGUUUAUCAUCAAGCAUUACGCUGGAGAGGUGGCGUAUGCGGUAGAGGGCAUGACUGACAAGAACAAAGACCAGCUCCUGAAGGACUUGCUCAACCUCCUUGGCCAGAGCUCAAACACUUUUGUUCACACACUGUUCCCCAACCAGGUCGAUCAAGACAACAAGCGGCGACCGCCCACGGCCGGUGACAAGAUCAAGGUCUCGGCAAACGAUCUGGUCACCACGCUCAUGCAAGCCCGGCCGUCCUACAUCCGUACCAUCAAGCCAAACGAAAACAAGUCGCCGAAAGAGUUCAACGAAGCCAAUGUACUGCAUCAAGUCAAGUAUCUUGGUUUGCAGGAGAACGUCCGUAUUCGCCGAGCUGGUUUCGCUUCCCGUCAGACCUUCGACAAGUUCGUGGAACGCUUCUUCUUGCUCUCGUCCAAGUGUGGUUACGCUGGAGAGUACAUCUGGACAGGAAGCUACGAACAAGGCGCCAAGCAAAUCUUGAAAGAUACCAACAUUCCCGCCGAGGAGUUCCAGAUGGGUGUAACGAAGGUCUUCAUCAAGACACCAGAGACGCUGUUUGCACUAGAGACGAUGCGCGAUCGCUACUGGCACAACAUGGCCAUUCGAAUCCAGCGUGCGUGGAGGAACUACCUCAGAUACCGUAUCGAAUGCGCCACGCGCAUUCAGCGCUUCUGGCGCAAGCUGAACGGCGGCAAAGAGUUUAUCGAAUGGCGAGACCAGGGUCACAAGGUUCUUGCUGGCCGGAAGGAGAGGCGGAGAUACAGUUUGGUCGGAUCCCGGAGGUAUCUGGGCGACUACCUGGGUAUAGCAAACAAAGGCGGUCCGGGAGAGGUUAUCGCCCAGGCUAUUGGAAUCUCCAGCAACGAGGAAGUCCCCUUCUCGUGCAGAGCGGAGACACUCGUCUCGAAGCUUGGUCGUUCGAGUAAGCCAGAAGCUCGCAUGCUCAUACUAACCAAGAGGAAUGUAUACAUCGUAAAGCAGGUACUCGUCAACGGUCAGGUCCAGAUCCAGGCCGAGCGAACAAUACCAGUUGGCGCUAUCAAGUUCAUCAGCGCGUCGAAGCUCCAGGAUGACUGGUUCUCCAUCGGCGCUGGCUCACCAACAGAGCCUGACCCGCUCGUGAACUGUGUGUUCAAGACAGAGUUCUUUACUCAGCUCACAAACGUUCUACGAGGAUCGCUGAGCCUCCAGAUCGGCGACACAAUCACCUACAACAAGAAGCCUGGUAAACCUGCUCAGGUCAAGGUUGUGAAAGACCCUGGUGCCCGCAUCGACAUGUACAAGAGUGGAACUGUCCACACAGGUCAGGGCGAGUCACCAAGCUCCUCAUCGAAGCCAACACCAAAGGGCAAGCAAGUCGCCGCCAAGCCCAUCACCAAGGGUAAGCUCCUGCGGCCCGGCGGUCCUGGUGGAGGCCCUUCGAAGCUUGCCAGCCGCCCUGUGCAACCACGACCUGUGCCCGCUCCUGCCGCUUCUCAGUCACGAGCAGUGCCUCCUGCCCCAAUGCCAGCUGCAGUCCAACCGCGACCCGUACCAGCCGCUACACCUGCUGCAUCCACACCUCAACCAAGACCCGUACCGCAACCCGUUGCAGCCCUCAAUGGGUCAGCAACCCACACAAGAUCGCCAUCAGCAUCACGAGCCCCUCCCCCUCCCCCACCUCCUCCUGCCGCACCUGCCGCACCCAAGGAACCCACCUUCAAGGCACUCUACGACUUCGCCGGCCAGUCGGCGGGCGAGCUGAGUCUGCGAAAAGACGAAAUCAUCCUCGUCACCCAGAAAGAAAAUAACGGCUGGUGGCUAGCAUCGCGCCUCGACAAGUCGGCCUCGGGCUGGGCUCCCAGCGCCUACCUCGAGGAGCACGUGGUCAAGACGGCGCCCCCGCCGCCGCCCGCGCCCGCGCGUCCCGCAAACGGGAAGCCGAAACCGCCUGCGCCGCCCGCCAAGCGCCCUGCGGCGCGCAAACCCGCCCCGGAUAGUAGGGAUAGUGGGUACUCGGGCAGCGCGAGCGAGACGGGCGCGAGGGAUAGCAGUGGUAGUAUUGCGGGGGGACUGGCAGAGGCACUGAGGGCGAGGCAGCAGGCUAUGCAUGACCGGAGGGAUGAGAAUGACUGGUAGAGAGCGUGGAUGGCGUUCUGCGGUGGAUGCGGAGAUGGGGUGAGAGUGUGUUUGAUAGUCUUGGCGAGAUGGAGGUGUUGCAAUUUUUUUCAGUACAGUGAAGCCACGGAAACGCGAAGUGACGUGACGCAUGAAGACUUCUGACGCAAGAUUCCCCAGAGCAGUGAUCGUGAAGUGCGAUUGUACCAUCGCCAGCCAUCCAAGCGCUCUGGACAUGUCCUCGGCGUGGACUCGACUUAAUGAGGAGAGAAAUGUCAUCAACAACGAAAAAAGGAGACCAUUGCUCGACAUGCCCACAGGCUGUAUGCACCCCGUAGAAGAAAAUCCGCUCGCAUUGAGCGCCCCAAGCACCCGUCCAACGCCUCUUUCAAG